ACAAACAUUAAUGAAAAUCACAGCUGGCACUAAGAAGUGCAAUGAACUUCAAAAAAAGGAAAAAGUUACGGAUACCAAAAAGUUUUAUAACAACAAUAAAAUAUAGAACAAAAAUAAAAUUAAAAUAAAUUUGAAAAAAUUAGAGCUUUAAACCCUUCACCGACUAUCCCAGAUAGUCGAUAUAGUUAACAGACAAACAUAGACCUUAAUAUAUAUAGCCUAUAAAUUAGUAUAUACAUCUGAUGAAAAAGGACUUAUCGCAACGCAAUUGAUUAAAUUACACACACACACACACAGAAAAAAAAAGAUUAAUCAAGAAUAUUUAGAAGAAACUAAACUUUUUUCAAAAAAUAAAAAAAUAAAAUAUAUAAAAAGAUUUCUGUCAUGUUCGAACGUCGCCCUCUUUUCGUACUAAUACUAGGGCUUAAUGUGUGUGCUUUAAUAUGGCAUAUAUCAGUUCAGGAACCAACUUUGAUGCACAGUGAAGUAAUUGGUAGCGGAUAUUAUGUAAACGAUGUAUCAUUAGAAGACGUGCAAAGAUAUGCAACAGAUAAGGCGCAGUAUGAGAUAUAUCAGAAGGAAAAGCAGCAACAUCAACAGCAACAAGAGUUUCUAAAACAAAAACAAGAAAUUUUGCAUAAUAUUGAAAAGUUGUACGACAAAGAAAAAUAUCAGGAAAACCAUAAUAAUCCUGAUAUUUCAGGCACAAAAGCUGCACUCCCCAGUGUAGUAACUAGAAAGGGACACUUUUAUAAAAGAAAAUAUAAAAACAAAAACAAGAGAAAUGCAACUAGUCUUAAUAUAAGUCGUAACAAUAAGAGAUAUAGUAGUAGAAAUAUUUAUUUGUAUAACAAAAAAAAAAAUAACAAAGAUAAUAGCGACUACAACAGCAACAAAAAGACUUUAGAUUUAGGAACUGAAUUAAAAAAUGCAACUACAAUGGCCACACCUCUAGUCUAUGUGGCGACACUAAAAAAUAGUCCCACCAAAGCUACCGCUGCUGCAAUAUUACUACCAGAAAAUGAUUUAGUGCAGUUAAUAGAUUUACAGAAUUUCUCAUAUCUCAUAACACAACCAGCCUGUAAUGCAAAUGUUGAAGCACUUAUACUCAUACACUCUGCUCCGUUGAACUAUGAAAAACGUGCUGUAAUACGAGAGACAUGGGCCAGUGUUGCUAAAACUCACUACACACCGGUACGUAUAAUCUUUCUGCUUGGCGCUGUUGAAGAUCAUGCAUUGCAAAUAGAUUUGGAAAUGGAAAGUGCCAGACAUGGUGACAUAGUACAGGGUACGUUUGUUGAUAAUUAUCGCAAUAUGACUUACAAACAUGUCAUGGCCUUUAAAUGGUUUCUGUAUAACUGUGCCCAGGCGCAAAUACUCAUUAAAGUCGAUGAUGAUGUGUAUGUGAAUACACCAUUGUUACUCCGUUACAUACAAGAUUCAAAACAGAAUUUAUCAACUGAAGAUGUCAAUAAAUUUAUGAAUACUAAAAGAAACAUCAACGACACUAGUGCUGCCAAUAGCAAAAGUGAUACCAAUGAAAAAUUAUUUAACGCUGCUGAAGAACUUUUUCAUCAACCAAAAAAUUUGCUUUUCUGCGAGCGAUACACUGGUGCAAAGGUUAAACGAACGUUUCGUUCAAAAUGGCGUGUUAGUUAUAAAGAUUAUGCCAACCGUUAUUAUCCUCCAUAUUGUCCCGGCUAUGCUAUUAUUUACUCACGUGAUGUUGCAUAUCGCUUGUACACAAUUGCCCAGCAGAGCAAGUAUUUUUGGAUUGAUGACGUCCAUAUAACUGGCAUUCUAUCGCAAAAAGCGAAUAUAACUAUAACUACAUUAAAACGUUAUGUACUAUACGCCAAUAAGACUGAUUUCAGUGAAGCAGAAUAUAUAUUUUCCUGGCAUAACAUUUCAACAGAGCAAGUGCGAGAAUUGUGGCGUUUACAUGUUAAACUAAUGGAUAAGAUUAUAUCAAAAUCAAAUUACUCAAAACCAACAACAACGAGAACAUCUUCGGCUCUGGUCUUGAACAAAACUAGUGAAGUAGACACUGAUACAUUUUAUUAUUAUGGAGAUUUUAGAUAGCAAAAUAAUUAUAAAAAAA